AUGGACCUAAAAAUUAUAAGAUCAUAUGUGGAAAUUCACUAUAAGAUUCUAUUUGAAACUUAUCGUGUAAGACAUAAUACAAUAUAUGAAGUAUUAUAUAAACUUCAUAAUUUUAUAAUAUACAUAAAAAAUAAAAUAAACAUCAGAGAUUACGUACCAUUGUCUGUACAAAAUAAAAUCGAUAUAAAUGACUAUGUUAUAUUAGGAAAUAUCGAAUACCUAGAACAAGAAAGUAUUGUUGCCGAUCUUAUAUACACAAUAAUAAAAAAUUAUAAGUUAAUAUAUGAACUUGUUGAUACGUACAUAUAUUAUAAAUCGAUGUCAGCAAAAAAACAAGUUAUUGUUACUUUAAAAUUUUUAAUACCUAUAUUAACAAACUAUAUUAACGAAAAGGAAAAAAAACCAACUAUAUUUAUUAUAAAUUCUACAUAUAAAAUGAUUAGAACAAUCAUUAGAUUUAUACUAUAUGGUGGAAGAUUCGGAUCAUUAAUAGGUAUAUUAUUAUGUGUCCUUCAAGUAAUAUAA